AUGUACUGGGCAAUAUCAAAAUGGCUCAAGGUUUUCCUGAAAUGCUAUGUUAAUGUAAUACUGUACUAUAGAAACGUGUACCCGAAAGAAGCGUUUGACUGGACAUCUUUCCAAGCGUUCAAUUUGCCUCGCUAUAUGCCCAUGAAUCGCCAUCCUGGGCUUCAAAACUACAUUGAGACGAUGGUGACGGACGUGCUUUCGAAGCUGGAAGCGGUCCAGCAUUUCAAUCUGAGAAUAAUUCAGCAAGAUGAUGGGGCCUGUGUAGAGCGGUAUGCACUGGAUUUCGGGGAGUUGCGUCACCAGGACACCAGUGAGCUACAAGAACCACAAAUUUUUGACCAGCUGCGUUCAAGCCUGAACAGUUUGAUAGCCCGUCUAGAAAAAUUGCCAAACGUUAAACCGGCCACUGUCACCUUCGAGAUUGUUAUAGACUCAAUCGGGUUAAGUCUGGGGAAGAAAAUGAGCCGCGUUCAAAACGCAAAAGAACGACAAACGCAAGAACAGGACUCCAAUUGGGCUAAAUGUACCGAAGAGCCGUUCCUGUCGAACCCGCAACAGAGCAAGCCCCGCAUCAAGUUAAUCACUUUGACUGGUUGUGACGCAGGCCCUUUUGUCAUCUACCAAUUUAUGGAGAUGCUCAUCUCCAAUCCAGAAGCCAGCUCCCAGGUGUACGAAAGCUCCAGCCCGUUUCAAAGCUCCCAAGCGGACCCUUUUCCAUGA